AUGUCCGGGCAGAGUAACUGGCAGGAAGAGGCCAUGCGCCGUCUGCGCCAGAUGCAGUCGCGCGGCGGAUACGGCGGCAGACCUGGCGGCGGCCCGCCUCAAGUCCCUCGAGGAGCUGGCGGUGCAUUGAUUGGAGGUGUUUUGCUCGCCGGCGGCGCCUGGGUGCUGUCGAACUCGCUCUUCAACGUCGACGGCGGUCACCGCGCCAUCAAGUACAGGAGGACGAGCGGGGUGAGCAAGGAGAUCUACAACGAAGGUACUCACAUCAACAUUCCGUGGUUCGAGACGCCCAUCGUCUACGACGUGCGCGCAAGGCCCAGGAACGUCGCCUCUCUCACGGGCACCAAGGACCUGCAAAUGGUCAACAUUACCUGCCGUGUGCUGUCGAGGCCACGGGUCGAGGCCCUGCCGCAGAUCUACAGAACCCUCGGGGCCGACUACGACGACCGUGUGCUGCCUUCCAUCGUGAACGAGGUGCUCAAGAGCGUCGUCGCCCAGUUCAAUGCCAGUCAGCUCAUUACUCAGCGAGAGAUGGUGGCCAGGCUGCACCUCGCCUUUUCCCCGGAAUUCACCGCCGCCGUCGAAGCCAAGCAAGUCGCGCAGCAGGAAGCCCAACGCGCCGCCUUUGUCGUGGACAAGGCUAGACAGGAGAAGCAGGCCAUGGUCGUCAAGGCACAGGGUGAGGCUCGCUCCGCCGAGCUCAUUGGUGAUGCCAUCAAGAAGAGCAAGGCCUACGUGGAGCUGAAGAAGAUUGAGAAUGCCCGUCUGAUUGCGCAGCAGCUGCAGGAGUCUGGCUCCAAGAACAGGCUGAUGCUUGACGCGGAUGGUUUGGGGUUGAACGUGUUUGAGGGCGAGGACAAGAAAUAA